UAAACCACACAUGCAAGGCGCUCGGGAAGGAGAGCGGACCCUGCCAGCCACCCCGGCGCUGGGGAAGGGGACCGCACGCCAGGCGGGGACUCAGGUGCGCACCGCCUACCUCCGCGGUCAGCCCCGGUGCUCGGUGAGGCCGGCAGCGGCGGGAGGUGACCGACCACGGCCGCGGGGCGCUCGGCGGGAAGUCGCCGCGCAUGCCCGGAGCCGCGCCCGCUGCACCCUGGGUCGCCUUAGUUCCCGCAGGCCUCACUCGGCCGGCAGCGCCCAGGGGCCCCGCUCGCCGUCUCGGAGGCUCGCGAGGGAGGCGCAUCCCGGAUCCGCCAGAUGGAGGCAAGUGGAGAUCGGGGGACUCGGCGGUGCCCUCUCGAGCGGCGGCCGUGUCCCCGCGGCGCCGGGCGGCCGAGCGGAGGAGCGGCGGUCGUGGCUGUUGCAUGUGUGGCUGCUGGAUGCGGAGGCGGCGGCGGCGGCGGCGGCGAGGAGCAGCAGCAGCAGCAGCGGCGGCGCCAGGAUGUUAGGGCAGCAGCAGCAGCUGUACUCGUCGGCCGCGCUCCUGACCGGAGAGCGGAGCCGGCUGCUCACCUGCUACGUGCAAGACUACCUGGAGUGCGUGGAGUCGCUGCCCCACGACAUGCAAAGGAACGUGUCGGUGCUGCGGGAGCUGGACAACAAAUACCAAGAAACUUUAAAGGAAAUUGAUGAUGUCUAUGAAAAAUAUAAGAAAGAAGAUGAUUCAAACCAGAAGAAACGCCUACAGCAACAUCUGCAGAGAGCGUUGAUUAAUAGCCAGGAAUUGGGAGAUGAAAAAAUUCAGAUUGUCACACAAAUGCUCGAAUUGGUGGAAAAUCGGGCAAGACAAAUGGAGCUGCACUCACAGUGUUUCCAAGAUCCUGCUGAAAGUGAACGAGCAUCAGACAAAGGAAAGAUGGAUUCUAGUCAACCCGAGCGAUCUUCUAGAAGACCUCGAAGACAGCGAACCAGUGAGAGCCGUGAUUUAUGUCACAUGACAAAUGGGGUUGAAGACUGUGAUGAUCAGCCACCAAAAGAAAAGAAAUCCAAAUCCGCCAAGAAAAAGAAACGCUCCAAGGCCAAGCAGGAAAGGGAAGCCUCGCCUGUUGAGUUUGCAAUAGAUCCCAAUGAACCUACCUACUGCUUAUGUAACCAAGUGUCUUACGGGGAAAUGAUAGGCUGUGACAAUGAACAGUGUCCCAUUGAAUGGUUCCACUUCUCAUGUGUUUCACUCACCUAUAAACCAAAGGGGAAGUGGUACUGCCCAAAGUGCAGGGGAGACAAUGAGAAAACAAUGGACAAAAGUACUGAAAAGACAAAAAAGGAGAGAAGAGCGAGGUAGUGAAGGCAGCCAUGUUUUAAAAGGGUUGUUUGUCUUUUAUAUAAUUGGUUUACUUUCAGAAAAUGUUUUAGGGUAAAUGCAUAAGACUAUGCAAUAAUUUUUAAUCAUUAGUAUUAAUGGUGUAUUAAAAGUUCUUGUACUUUG